AUGGCUGAAUUACCUAGCGGCUCAAAUCCUGCAACUACGAGAGAAAAUGAAUCAAAAGCCAAGGAGGCAGAACGUGAUCCUACACAUAGCUUAGAGAGGAAGAGCUCUCUCAAAGCUCCUUGCAUGAACAGUCCUGCAAGCAAAUCAACAACAUACACCGAGGCUAACGGAUUUUGGCCAAAACUCGCACAGGCAUGCGAGUUAAUCGACGGGGCACACCUCCGUCAAUUAGAGACCGAGCGUCGGUUGGCCCUUCGCGGCUGGACCAACGCAGAUAUACGGGAUCACUGGACCAACGACCAGUUCCGCUCGGCUUGGACCGAGUGGAUCUUUGGGUCCAAGCCCGCAACAGAGGAAGAUUGGGCGGAUAUCGAAUCCGUCCUCACAUCGAUCGUUUUAGAAGGGGGACUCGGCGCCAGCGAACUCGAAUAG